AUGCCUUUGAGCUCCGUACCGCAGCUGGCGGCCCUGUAUGUGGAGACUGACAAGGAGCUCGGGAGGAUCGAGGCUCUCGGUCGGGCGGUGGAGAGCAAGCUAGGGGAGUGCCUGAAGAGCGGCAAGAUCCCUGACAGCAAGCUGGUCGAGAUGAUCGCCGUGCUCAAGGUGAAGGCGAUCGAGACCUCGAUCUCAGCCUGCUUCAAGCUGAAGCAGGAGCUGGGAAGCUAUGCGCUCAUGGGGGGCACCGGCUUCGAAAAGCUGGACUACCUCCAGUGCUGCAAGUUUGCGGAAGGCGACAGUCGGAUCCUCAUGCAGAAGCUGACUCGAGAUCGCCUUCAGGCCUUCGCGAAGUCCCCAUCCGGCAAGGGCAAGGAGCCAGAGGCCUGCAUGAAGCUGGGCAUGAGCUUGAAGAAGGGUGGCAAAGCCGCGUGGAACGACAACUUCGAGCUGGUCUACGGCAUUGCCGAGAUGGUCAUGGAGCGAACAGUGGACGAGGUUGCCGGCCCGCGAGCCAGCCUCUGA